AUUGUUUACGCUCCCUAACUAAUUAAUCUAGGAAUACAAAAUUCUGCUUGCUCACAUUUCCACAUGUUUAUUAGCUUUGGAAAGCGAAUGAAUGUCCAAAUCGUGAAAAUAAGACCUGUGCAAUGUUGUGCGCAAUUUGUCCAAAAUCAUGACACUUAUUUGGAGUCUGUGGCUCAAGUGGUUUGAAAGCGCGAAUAUCCGUCGAAUAUCCAAUUUAAAACUGGCUUUACCUCGGUGGAGAACCGAUUAACUUUCUUGUUCACUAAUACUUCAAGUUACUUGAAGUCACGAGGUUAAAAUCAAAAUUGAAAGUUAUUUUAUGCACUAUACAGGGCGCAACCAUCUGGGCUCAACAUAACAUAUUAGCACGGAUUUUCCAUAAUAACCGAAAUAAAAAAAGACACUGUAGCACGAUUUCAGAGUGUGGAAUCUCAGAAUCCUCGUUCCCCUGAGUCACGAACUGUCACUUCAACAGGACAGGUGAGCAAUCAAAGUUUCUGAAAUAAGAGUCAUACAAGUAUGAUCACGCUUCAAUCAAUAUAGGUCGACCUAAUUUUCUGAAUAAUGACGGAAAAAACACUGAUUUUGGAGGGUCUGCCAGACGACCUAGACAAAAUUAGAUCCAAGUUGGAUUUGUACUUCAAAAACAAAAGGAGGUCUGGAGGAGAGGUAUUACAAAUUCAAGACUAUCCUGGGGACAAGAAGAAGGCUCUGCUCGUUUACCUCGAAGAUGCAUCUCUGCAGAAAGUGUUGGCUAAAAGAGAUCAUAAGAUAGAUUUAAAAAACCCCAUUGGGGUGGUUGAGCUUCAAGUGAAACUGAAAGAGAAUGGCGGUGAAACAAAAGUGAAGAAUGUUAAACCACCUCUCUUACCAAAAAGAGACAAUCUGACUCUUGUGGGAAAAUCUGCACUCAACACCGAAGAGAAGCAGCCAGUGUCAGACAGUCAAGCAGAUUCAGUGGAGGAUAAGGAUAUUAAAGCAAACACACAUACACUGCUUGUUAGAACCACAAAGGAACUUGAAAAGGAGCUCCUUAAAUUGUAUUUUGACCAGUUUGCAUCGGAAGAAGAAGGGGCCAGCAUUACAAGACAUGGCAAGAAUAGCUGGAUCCUCAAACUGUCCUUUCAGUCAGAUGCAGAGAAAGUCUUUGCCAAGAAGGAGCAUCAGUAUGGCAUUUCUGUGGAGAUGUACAAUGAGACUGCUGUGGAAGGGAAACUGGACAACAGGCGCUUCGUCCUGACUGGGUUUAAUGAGAGCUGCAAGUGCGACAUCAUCUCUCUGUUCAUCGGCAGCUGCAGCCAAGGGGCUGAGCAUACCUGGGAGACCCUGGACGAUGGAGACAGAGUAGUGGUCAGUUUCAAACAGAACAUUGACAUAAAGUCCUUCCUUAGGAAAUGUUCAUCAAAAAAGUACCAGGGCAUGGAGAUCGGGGUGUGUUGUUUAGAGCUGACAGACUCUGUGCUUGUCCAGGGGGACAUGAGCCAAAUCAAAGGAGGAGUGGAGGAGGCCCUCAAUCUCUACUUCUCCAGCAAAAGGAGCAAAGGAGGAGAUAUCAAGUCCCAGAUCUGGGUUACCAAGGGCAAGAGCAUGGUCAUCACCUUUGAAGACUGUCAUGUUGCCUAUCAGGUUGCGGAACACAAGCAUCAUUUCGGUGGGGUGGACCUCAUAGCUCAGCUAUUCUACUCCAGUCUGCAGAAGGCGUUAACAGGGCAAACAGCCCUCCAAUCAGACAUCCCUUCUAACAUAGCCCUUUGUCUCAGUUCAGCACUUUUCGACUUCAUUAAAUGUGAUGAAGCCCGCAAGCAGGAUUUAACAACUGGACUACGUAAGGUCAAUGCUAGCGUCUCCUUCAAUAUGAUCACAGAACCCCCACAGAUGGAGCUGGAUAUGACCAUGGAGAAGGAGUCCUUGGGCAUGCUCAGACUGGGCCCUAAAUGGGGAAGAAUUGCCCAGAGAGAGGCUCUGGCCUUGCUAGAGAAAUACAAAGAGGUUCAGCUGCCCACAACGGUGGAGGUCUGGGAAAGGGUUGAGAAUAGUUGUCUUGGUCUCAAAUCCUCUGAUGCCAGCAUCUCUUACAAGAAGAGCAAUGGUGAGAUUGUUGUGGUAGGAGUGCAGAAUGAGGUGAAGACCCUUGUGGAGAAGAUUGAGCACAUGGUGAAGAAGGUCAGUGAUGAGCUUCAGAUGGAGAGGAACACAAUAGUAAGAAAAAUCUCACUGGACUCCAAAGAAAAGUUUGAGAUCAUCUGGGAUCUUGUCUCUGGCAAACUAGUGGACGUGGAGUUUUCCAAAGAUGAAGAAAGCUUCAUCAUAUGUCUAAAGGGUUUGGAGAACAAGGUGAGUACCGCAGAAGGUGUUGUCCAUGAGGCAAUGGGGAAUGUUGAAACCAGACUUCUUAAUAAUGUAUCAGUGCCUUUGAUGGAGUUCUUGAAAUCUCUGGACCUGAAAAAGUUUGAGAGGAAGCAUUUUGCCCAGAACCACAUAUCGUCUGUAUUCCUCCUUAGUGAUGGUUCCAUCCAGAUCCUUGCAGAAAGAGCUGACAUCCAGAGAGCUGAAGACACAUUACAUGAGGUCAUCAAAGAGGAAGUCAUCAAACUCACACCAGACCAAGCCCAUGUGACCAAUGGCAAACAAUGGGCACAGUUCUUUGCCAUACUUAAUGGAGAACUCAAAUUCACCAAGAACAACCACAAUGUCAGCAUCUCCGUAACACAGGAGAAGAUUGGAGUCUGUGGAUUCUCCAGUGUGGUGGCAGAUGUGGCAGGGAAGUUGAGGGGAUACCUGGACAACAAGAAGCCGGAAACAGUGGAUGUCUCUCUCAAAUCAGUCCAGGAAGUAGAGUUUGUGGCCUCUUGCAUGAACCUCUCAGAGGUCCCUGAAAUCAAGGCUCUGGGCGUGACUAUACUGCCAUGCAAAACACUAGGAUCUCCUUGUCUGAAGAUCACGGCAGCGAGUGAUAAAAUCAAAGAGGCCGUAGAUGUAGUGAAACAGCAGGUCAGUACAAUUACAAUGGAGAGGUACACAUACUCCAAGGCCGGGGAGUCCAAAGUCCUAGAGAAAAACCAAGCGGAUCUGCAGGCCAAGUUCAAGGAUUUAGGGUGCAAACUCUACCUAUCACCAGUGAUUACCCACUGUCAGAAAUACAGAUACAACAUUGAAGGUUGCGUCACUUUAACUGUUGGUCACGGUAACAUCUCCCAACAUGCUGCAGAUGCUUUGAUCUGCCCUCUGAGCAGCAGUCUGUCCUUUGAUACUCCGAUCGCUAAGCAGUUCCUUCAGAUUGGUGGGCCUGAUAUCAGGAAGGUGUUUGACAAGUUCCUGAAGGAGAGGCAGACUCUACAGCCAGGAGAUGUGGUCUUGUCCAACCCAGGCACCCUUGGAGCUCAGCACCUCAUCUAUGCAGUGCUUCCAGUAUGGGGGAAGGACACCUCAACUCUUAGAAAUAUCAGUCUACAGUCGACGGUCCAGGACAGUUUACUGAAAGCAGACAUUAAGAAGUGCGUCUCCAUAUGGAUGCCAGCGAUGGGGUGCGGUACCUUUGGUUUUCCCGUCACAGAGAGCUGUGCAGCAGUUAUCAAGGGCGUCCUCGGUUUCAUUAAACAGAAACCCCAACACCUAAGGAACAUAUUUGUGAUAGACUCUGAUGCCAAGAUAGUGGGGGAGUUCCAGUCAGCCAUUGAAGGAGAGGUAAGUCCGCUUCUCAACAUUCCAUUCGAUGUUUAGUGUUCGUUUAUAAUGCCACCUGGCUAUAUCUGUGAUUAACAUACCAUGUCAAACCUUGGUACAUGCUUAGGUUUGAUUAAGGAGGAAAUGUGCAGUGUUAUUGUAAAUGGGGUCAAGUAUUCCCGUUGAAAGUCAAACCUCUUGUCCUACUUCAUUCAACAGGGUUAUCGUCGACAACAAAUAAACUGGAUAAUGUUGUGUGUUUUAAUUCUGUAAUGUAUUGAUUGUUGCUGCGUACUUUUUGAAGAAUGUCUUCGGUGGGGUAAUUGUUCCAUUUGAAUUAGAUCUGCUUUCUUAAUUUUUCUUCUUUUAACAGUGAUUAUUAGUGGAGUGUCAGUGUUCCUGAAGAAGGGAGACAUCACCAAAAAGACAGUGGAUGUCAUAGUGAAUUCCAACAACCAUCAUCUGAAUCUUAAUUCUGGCAAGUGU